AUGAGAGUCCAGUCCACGCGUCGAAAAGUAGGUUAGCAGGGUAGACAGAGUGAAAGGCAGUCCGAACGAAAAAGGGGAGGUAGAGUAUUUGGGACUUUGCUUGCAAGCUAAACCACCGUGGGAGCAUUUUGUAAAAAGUUACCGAAAUAGUGCAUCGAGACAAACAGGACACAAUUCAACUUGAACAGUCGAUUUGCUUUGUAUUUGAUUCACCAUUGCAAUACUUUGUCGAACGAUAAGGAAGCACUCGCGGAUUUUUGCCUUGUUUAAUAUAUAUAUAUAUAUAUAUAUAUAUAUAUAUAUAUAUAUAUAUAUAUAUAUAUAUAAUCUAGUUCGUCAGGCUAAAUACGUUGUAUUUUACGUGCCAGCAAAUGCUUGUCUUUCAACAGUUGGACAUAUAUUUUUAUUCUGUUACACACCACAUGAAGUCCAAUUCAUUGAUCCAGAAACGAUCAUAUUCAACAUGAGAGCUCAAAUAGAAGUAAUACCCUGCAAGAUCUGUGGGGACAAGUCCUCAGGAAUCCACUAUGGAGUUAUUACCUGUGAAGGCUGCAAGGGGUUCUUCCGCCGCAGCCAGCAGAACAAUGCCAUGUACUCGUGUUCCCGCCAGAGGAACUGUCUUAUUGACCGAACCAGCCGCAACCGCUGCCAACACUGCAGACUGCAGAAGUGUCUGGUGUUAGGCAUGAGCCGGGACGCGGUGAAGUUUGGCCGUAUGUCUAAGAAGCAGCGCGACAGCCUGUACGCUGAGGUCCAGAAGCACCAGAAGAACCAGGAGUGUCUGAACCAGGGUCUGUCACUGUCCAGGGAAGACGUUGCUGGGGGAGAAAGCAAGGGGGACAGGCACGGGGAGCUCAGUCGCUCCUACAGCAGCGGGGGCUCCAGCUCCACCCUGAGUGACCUGGAUGACAUCGCAGCGCUCCCCAAACUGUUUGACCUCCCCUUGACCCCACAGGAGGCCCACGAGUACUGCAGCCUGGAGCUGCAAGAAGACCACGGCGGAAGCACUGGGAACACCUCCAAUUCUUCAUCACCAUCAUCAUCCUCGCCCAUUUCGUCCAAUCAGAAUUCUCCCCAGCAAAAUCUACUGGAUGUCACUGACGCCAAUGGGAUCAAACACGAGUACCAGAUGUUGUCGCACACACACGUGCUCCUGGCACACACACACGCCACACUGCUAGAGACACUGCCUGAUGACUGCACUCUUAUGGAUAUAGAGCGUAUCACCCAGAGUGUGGUCAAGUCCCACUUGGAGACGAGUCAGUACAGCUCUGACGAACUGAAGAGGCUGACAUACAAUCGGAUGCAGUACUCACCUGAGGAGACUCGCAACUUCCAGUGCGAGUCUGCAGAGUCUGUGUGGCAGCAAUGUGCCCACCACAUCACCAAUUCCAUCCAGUACGUGGUGGAGUUUGCCAAACGCAUUACAGGCUUCAUGGACCUGUGUCAGAAUGACCAGAUCAUUCUGCUCAAAGCAGGCUGUCUGGAGGUGCUGUUGAUUAGGAUGUGCAGGGCAUUUAACGCCACCACCAACACCAUAUUCUUUAAUGGCAAAUUUGCCUCUGCUCAGCUCUUCAAAGCCCUCGGUUGCGAUGACCUGGUCAGUGCCGUGUUUGACCUGGCAAAAGGGCUCUCCCGCCUGCAGCUGACCGAUGAGGAGAUGGCUCUGUUCAGUGCCGCUUGCUUGCUGUCCCCAGACCGACCAUGGUUAGCCGACAGCCAGAAGGUCCAGAAGCUACAGGCGAAGGUCUACCUGGCUCUGCAACACAGUCUGCACAUGAGCGGGGCUGCCGACGAGAAGCUAGACCAGAUGGUAUCCAAGCUGCCGAUAAUGAAGUCCAUCUGUAAUCUCCACAUCGACAAGCUGGAGUUCUUUCGUCUGGUCCACCCCGAGACUGCAUACAGCUUCCCACCACUCUACCGGGAAGUGUUCGGGAGUGAGAUUUCUCUCCCCGACUCUACAAACAACUCCUAGAGAGAAAGAUGGAGUGAAUGUGUUAGAGAGAAAUAAGUAUGGAGGUAGGGAAGUGAAAGGAGAGAAUGAAUAAGUGAGGGAUAUAAAUAGUGACCUCAGAAAUAACCAGCUGUUAACGAGACAAUCCAGGACUUAAAAUACUCAGUCUCCCAGCAUCCUGUUGUGUUAGUCCACCACUAUCCCAGCAGGUCAUACAUCUUACACUACAGACUUCACCUUCAUGGUCCUUUUGUACCGUAGCACUUUGGACAAACUAAUGGGCGAUAUGCAUAUUCUACAGUAUGCACAUAGAUCAUUUAGCAUUAGAACAUAUUUUUUUCAAUGCUCCCCAACCCUGUCAUGAAUGUACCUCACUGACAAGCACCAAUGCACCAGCUAGAGCCCCACACCAAAUGUAAAUACUAACACCCUGCUUCAGUUCGACUGUUCAAUUUAGAAUCGUUGUAAUUCUUUGGUUCUACUCAACAUACCCAGGGUUCAUUCAUUUGUAGUCCCACAGACAGUUCUUGGCGGUACCAUAUACAGUUGAAGUCGGAAGUUUAUAUACUCUUAGGUUGGAGUCAUUAAAACUCAUUUUUCAACCACUCCACAAAAUACUUGAAAACAAACUAUAGUUUUGGCAAGUCGGUUAGGACAUCUA